CAUUACAGAUUCCACACCUUUAGUUGUAAAUUGCACAGAUCAGAAACACAUUACAUAUCAAGGUCGUAAAAAUAUAUGGGAAAGUAUUGCAUAUGAGGUACCUUUUGAAGGAAUUGUCUGGACACCUCAUAUAAUAUUUAUCGAUAAUCUUGUCCUAUUCUAUAUACUAACAAUGUUAUUGCAUAUAUUACCAGCUAUAUUAAUAGAUCUGAUUUUAAAAUUCACUGGACGCCAACCAAUGUUAGUACAACUCCAGAAAAGAAUGUAUGUGGCCAAUGGUGCUGUGAGUUACUUUUCAUUCCAUGAACGGAAAUACAGCAAUGCUAAUAGGUUGACACUAAUGUCUUUAAUACCACAUGAUAAUCUUGAUACGUUUUCUUUUGACUGUUCCAAUCUUGAGAUUAAAAUGUAUGGCAAAAUUUGUGCCAUUGGUGCCAAAAAGUUUCUUCUUCACGAAGAUAUAAAUCGAUUAGAUGCAACCAAAGCACAUAAUAAAAGAGUGUAUCUGUUCGUCAGAAUGGUAAAAACUAUUAUAUCUAUUGGAGUAUUGUGGAUAAUAUAUAAGUGGAUCUUCUCCGGUACAUUAUAAAAUUGCUGGCUUAGACCUAUCUAUAUUUAUCAAAUUAUAUUUUACGAUGAACAGACAUAUGUU